GGAUAAUUUUAUUCAGUUUUCGAUUUUUGCUUUUCUGCAUUUCAUUAUUCAUUUAGUUCCGUUGUUGCAUUUUCCAUAGGUAUGGAACAUACAUCAUUCAACCACAACAAUAAAAAAAUUCGCCGUUUAAUCUUUGAUGCAGAGCAACCUGUGCCAGAAGAACAGCAAAUUUCGCUUCCGGCAGAGCACCGUAUAAUGGCUGCGAUUUCGAGUUUGGAGAAGAAAGUUGAUGCAUCGUUUUCUGUUCUGGAGAAGAAAGUUGAUGAUUCGAUUUCUGGUCUGGAGAAGAAAGUUGAUGAUUCGAUUUCUGGUCUGGAGAAGAAAGUUGGUGUUCUGUCUGAAACAUUGGCGGAGGUGGUGGCUCUGCUGAAGCUUCAGAUUAAAAAAGAGCCAGACGUACAAAAUUUCAUAAAAUUUCCGAUAGAGUCGACGAUGGAGUUGGAGCAUUUAAACUCUAUUAUAACUCCAGAGCUGACCGAUUUUUAUAUCAACAAAAUAAGGAGCUUAUUGGGGACGAGCUCAUCGAUGGCAUCCAGUUUGAAACACGUGCUGGAUGAAAAGCUGAUAUUGGAUUACAAUGUGGACGGAACGUCGGAAUCGGCGGUGAAGAUGAAAAUACCCGACGAGCCAGCAGACAAAAUAAUUCGGAAGGCUAUUCAUAACAUCAAGAAUAGUCAUUUUCAAAAGACAUCAAGGGAAAAAAAUUCAAACUAG